AUGUCUUCUGAGAAAUCUCGCCCGUAUACGGCGGUGCUUUUACUUCCCCCACCCCCAUCCUUUGACUUCAACCCGGUCAAGGAUGUAUUCCAGACCUCGGUCUCGGAUGUUUUGGUCAAGCUCUCCGAGGCACUACAUGGAUCUCAUGACAUUGUCUCGCUCGAUAUUGCUCUUGCCGUCCCUGGACUACUUUCUCCAGCUAGCAAGCCCCGUGCAAGAAUCUUUAAACAACUGCAACAUUAUCUCACCAGCAUCUACACUCUGCUAGACUCUCCUGGUGGCAUCGAUGCUCGCGUGGUUUUCGUCGACCACUCACCCUCUACAACUCGCUCGCACUUUGGUCCGAUUCUCGAUGUACAGUCGCUUGCAAUCUCAGAUCGACAAUGGGAUCAUGUAUUCUAUCCAGGGAAUGAAGCUGGCAAGGCAUUGGCCGACGCCUUUGUCAGCUACCGGAAUCAUGAAGCAUCGAAGUUGCGAGCCGUUUCCAGCAGCGCUGAAUGGACUGUUCCGACCCUUCUUCUGUGUCCCGAACAGGAUGGACUAGCUGUCGGUGGCACCUUUGAUCACCUCCAUGUGGGCCACAAGUUAUUGCUGACAGCCACCGCACUGGUCUUGGAGCCACUCGAAGAGGCAGACCAACGUCGAGACAGGAUUCUCACUGCGGGUAUCACGGGCGAUGCACUCCUCGUGAACAAAAAGUACGCCGAAUAUCUCGAGAGCUGGGAGGAACGCUAUGGGAGCACAGCAUCUUUCCUUGCUUCCAUCAUGGUCUUUUGCGAAGAAAGCGCUCCACAGCUCGAGCGCACCUGGGGAUCCGGUCCCAAUGAAAAGACCGUCAAGAUGAGAGUCCGGCCCAACUUGAUCUUCAAUUUUGUGGAGAUUGUCGACCCCUUUGGGCCUACAAUCACCGUGGAAGAUAUUAGCGCACUAGUUGUCUCCGAAGAGACACAUUCUGGCGGCGAGGCCGUCAAUGAUAAGAGAAAGGAAAAAGGUUGGGAUGUGCUAGGGGCAUUUGAGGUGGACGUGCUUCAGGCUGGAGCCACCGAGGCCAAUAUCGACUCCAAAAUCAGUAGCACAGACAUCCGGCGUCGGCGGAUGAACCUCGCGAAGGUAUGA